AUGUCAACUGACAGCAGAAAUGAACCUACUCCAUCCAUAAUAGAUAAAAUUUCAUCUUUCUUUGACUUACCAGGUAAUACAUGGGAGUCAAUGGAUGAGCAUGCUUUAGAGAAAAUUUAUACUAAAGCUUAUGACCUUAUGAAAGAGAACAGUUUCGUUAGUGCUGCAAUUGAUGACAUAAAACAUGUAUAUGAAGGUAAAAUUAAUACCAUAUCGCAAAAAUAUUUCAACCUACAACUUGAAAACAAAAAAUUAAAAGAGAAAGAAUCUGGAUAUCUCGUUGCGAGGGAAAAACUUGUUAGUGAAAAGCAAAAGGAAUUUGAUUCCAAUGAUGCUCUUAACUCGGAAAUAACACUAAUAAAAUACGAUCUAGAGGCUAUGCAGAGGGAUCAUACGACGUUGGAAGCAAGGGAGCGUAAGACUGAAAAUGUCCUGGAACAAUCAAAAUUAGAAUUACAAGACUCAUUAACGGAGAAUUCAGCUCUCAAGGAACAAAUCGGAGUCUUCGAAGGGAAAUUGGACUCAAUGACCCAAGAGUUAUGGCUUGCUAAUACUGAAAAUAAGAAACUUCAAACUGGAAUGAAAUUACUUCGAGAGAACAAUCUUUAUUUAGAAAUUAAAUGUAAGGAAACUGAUAAGAAUAAAAAGUUAUAUUCCUCUGCGGAAGAUGCAUCCCGUCUUCAGGACCAACUUCAAAUAGUAUCAAGUGAAAUAUUGUCAUUAAAGUCUGAAAUUGCAACUUUGAAAUAUAUGAAUGAAUCACUCUCUACCGAUUUGCAAAGAAAAUUGUUCAGAAUUAAAGAUCUGGAUGACAAUCUAAAUUCUAGUAAACAAGAAUUUGCCAAAGAAAUCACUUUAAAGCAAAGAGUCAAUGAACUGUUACAUAAUGAAAUUGCAUCGUAUAAAAAGCAAAUAGAACGUUUAACGUCGAAGAAUUUGGAAACUCCUGAAAAAAAGAUCAUCCAGGAACUAGUUGACCUGAAGGAGAAACUUGUAAAUUCAGAAAAAGAAUGUAACGAGUUGAAAUCAACUGUCGAUAAGUAUAUUAAUAUUGAUGAGAAGAAAUUAAUCUCCAAAUUUGGGAAUCCAAAAAAAUUAAUAGAGAUACUAAGAAGACAACUCGUUAAAGAGAAAAGACAUAAAGAUACAUUACAAAGACAAGUCGAAUCGUUUUUAGUGGAAUUAGAACAGAAAUUACCCAUGAUAGAUUCCUUUAAAGAAAGAAAUUCUUCUCUAGAAAGGGAAUUAUUGAGGAUCACUUCAUCACUUGAAGAAACUGCUAAAGAAAGAGACAUAAAAGAUAGAGAAUUAACCAAUUUACAAAAGAAAAUAUCUAACAAUGAACAAUUCAAUGAUGAAUUACUGAGGCAAAGGUCCGAUUUGGCUCAUCAAGUCCAAUAUCUUUUAUUAUGUAUCGAUAAUAAAUCUCCAUUCACUGAAAAAGAGGCUACCCUUGUAAAAAAAAUUGUAUCUAACGAAAAUACAGAAAAUGAUACUGACUCACACAAAAUUAUUUCAAAACGACUGCUUCAUUUUCAAAAUGUUAAAGAGUUACAACAGAAAAAUAUGGAAUUGUUAAGAACGACAAGACAAUUAGUACAGACCUUAGAAAGACAAGAACAAGAACAGCAAAAGACGUUGAGGAUCACCGAUAAUAAUAAAAUAGUCGAAUCUGCGAAAAGUACAAGUGUGGACUUGGAAAAACAUAUAAAAACAUUAGAAUCGAAGAUCAACAUCAUUUCGCAAGAAAGAGACUCUUAUAAGUUGCUAGUGACGAAUUCGACAAUCCAAUCCAAUACUUCAAAUAAUUCGAUAUCUAGCUUGCAGCAAUGUGAAUUGGAGAAGGAAAGAUUAACUAAUGAAUUAUCUUCAAUGAAACAACAACACGUGAAGGUGCUAGAAGAGUUAGAGAAUAAAAUAAAAACGCUGCAGAAAUCACAAUUGACAUCAAAAAUGGAAGUUGAAAAACAUGCCCUCAAUUUCGAUGAGAUGAAAGAUAAUAACAAUCUUUUAAAAGAAUACGUAGAUAAGUUAGAAAACAAAAUAAAGACAUUGGAACAAGAUUUAGCUGAAAAUGAGCUAUUUGAAAAAAAUCUAAUUACUGGAGGGGUAAAUAACCUCGAGCAAUCAAAAAUUAUAGAACUUUCGGUAGCUGAACAGAAAAUUUCAUUUUUAGAUAAAGAAAUAUCCAAUUUGAAAUCAAAAAAUAAAAAUUUGGAAGACAAAAUACUGACAAUGACUUUAUCAAAGAAUUUAUUAGACAAUAAGGUCCUUCAAUUGGAGACAUCACUAUCUGAACGUGAGUUACCUAAAAAUACGCAAAUCAAAAACGAAGAGAAAGAACCUGCCAAGCAACAAACAUAUACUUUUGAACGAAAGAAACUAGAAAGCGUAAAUGAUUCAGAUAUUUCAUAUCUUUACUAUGAAAACCUAGAGGAGUUACAAAAUCAAUUCAGAACUCUAAGGCGAGAAUUAAAAGAAGUACAAGAAGAUUUGGACAUGAAAACAGAAUCUCAUUUGAAAUUGGAAAAUAAAUACACCAAAGUCAAAAAUGACCUCAAACAAGCCACUUAUAAGCUUGCUUCUGUAUAUACGACUCUGGAACAGAAAAACUCCUUUUUAGCCAAUAGCGUAAGCCAACUGCAAGGGAAAGAAAAAGAAUUAAAUGAACUGAAGUCAAAGCUAGUGGAAAAGACUGAGAAACUUCAAAUGGCUGAAAAUGAAAACUCAGAAAAAAUUAACAAUGCCAUCGUUUUACUACAAACCAUGGUUGAAGAAAAUACAACAUUUAAAGACGCCUUCAAACAUUUCAAAAAUUCUCUAAGUCGUUUAAGACAAGCGAUUAAUUCUAUACAACAACAAUCAUUGGUAAUAGAAUCUAAUUACAAUACUGAAAUUGAUCAUGCAAAUGAAAGGCUUGAAGAAGCGGAGGUAAAAAUGGCUUCAUUUGAUGGUAAAGUGACAGAGAUAUUAGAAAGUUAUGAUGGGAAGAUAUUAAACACAGCAGCUAUAGGUCAUUUAGUACGUUCACUAAUUCACGAAAAGAAAAUGUUGGCUCUAAAUCUCAACUCUGCAAACUACUCAUUAAGAAGGGCGAGAUAUAGGAAUAAAAAUCCAAGAGAGAAAUUCCCGUCGUUCGUGAAAAUCGACCAACAAUCGAAGAAAGAAGAAGAUAAAGAAGAAGUAAUGGAAAAUACAACGAAAUUACUUGCCCUAGAAGAAUCAAAUGCUAAGUUAAUAAAAGAAGUAGAAAACUGUACUAAAGUAAACGAGACUCUUUCGAGCCAAUUAGCAGAUAUGCAGGUGAAACUAGAACCAUUGGAACAAGAGAUUAAUGAGCUAAAAUUGAAGGUUGCCGAGAAAGAACAACAUCUAAAUAUAUGUCAAGAAGAGCUAGAACGGUGGAAGUUACGUUCACAAACUAUUUUACAACAAGGGAAGAUAGUUGAAGAGGAAGCACACAUGAAAUCCCUAGAGAAAAUAAAAACCUUAGAAGAACAAUUAGAAACCGUUCGUACGGAAAAUGCUCAACUAACUGAUAGGUUUGAUAGAUUAAAAAAACAGGCGCACGAGAAGCUUGAUGCUGCUAAGACAAUGCAAAUUAAUCUAACAACCCAAAUAAAUGAGUUAAAUGAAACUAAGGUUAAUUUGGAAAAAUCGUUACAACAAGAAAUCGAGAAGAACAACCAAUCAGGAAAUGGUGCAGCUGACGAAUCAGAGGAAAUUAUUAGGUUGAGAGCAGAACUGGAGAAAUCAAAUAAUUUCUCCAAUGAAUUAGAAAAGAAAGUUGAAGAUGCUAAGAAAUUCAAGAAUGAGAUAGAAUCGUUAAAGUCAGAAUUACAAUCUGUAAAAGCAUAUGAAAACAGUACUGUAAACUCCAAAAUAAUCAAAGACUUAAAAGAAUCUUUUAAGCGUGAAAAGGAUGAAUUAAUUGAACAAAUGAAAAAAGAGUUUAAGACAAAGUUGGAAAAAGAAAAAGAAACCAUUCUCGCUCAGAGAAAAAAUAAUAUUCUCGCUAAUGGUCAAGAAAGUGCCAAUAUUGAAGAGCUUAAGAAAAAGUGGGAAGAAGAACAAGAAGCACUCAUUCUGAAGAGGAUAACUGAGGCCGAGGAGAAUUUGAAGAAAAGAAUGAGGCUCCCUUCUGAGGAGAAAAUCAAUGCUGUUAUCGAGAAAAGAAGAAAGGUUCUGGAGCAAGAAUUUGAAACCAAAUUACGUGAACUCGGGCUUAAUGCCGAUGGAAAUGGAGUUGUCACAGAUACAAGAGCUCAAAUAGAAAAAGAAUUGAGGGAAAAGUUUAAUCUUGAACUGGCAGAAAUAAAAAAGAAGGCCUUUGAAGAAGGAAAACAGCAAUCUAUGAUGAAAAGCACAUUAUUGGAAAGAAAAUUAUCGAAACUCGAAUCACAAACUUUAUCACCAACAAAGAAUAAUGAUAGUAACGAAACUCAGGUUCCUUCGAAAAUAAACCUGUCCAAUAUAAAUAGUUCUUCACCACCACUCGGAGAAAAAGUAUUACAAUUGAAUUAUGGAGCUAAUGUUGUAGCAGAAACGGAUAACGACGAUAAUCCAUUCACACUACAAUCAGGAAAAGAUGAAACCUUGUUAACAAAACGUUCUGCUGAUAAUGAAAUAAUUCAAGACAUCAUUAAAAGACCGAAAGAGGAAUAA